CCUCGCCCCGCGCCCGGGGCCCGCUGCCAGGCAGGACAUGGACUCCAUGUUCGAGGACGACAUUAGCAUCCUGACACAGGAGGCACUGGGGCAGGAUGAGGACUGGCUGGACAGCCCCAACACCGACCUCUCGGGGGAGAUGUGCUCGGCCUCCCACUUCGCCCUCAUCACUGCCUACGACGACAUCAAGAACCGGCUGACGGGGCUGGAGAGGGAGAACUCGACGCUCAAGCGCCGGCUCAAGAUGUACGAGGUCAAGUACCCCCUGAUCGGUGAGUUCGGGGAGGAGCACAUCUUCUCCCUCUACGAGGCCAAGGAGACGUCGCUGCUCAAGAGCGAGAAGGCGUCGCUGCAGCAGCAGCUCAACCAGUUCCAGCACGAGCUGCAGAAGAGCAAAGAGCGGGAGGAGCAGCUGGAAGAGAUGAUCCAGGCCUAUGAGAAGCUGUGUGUGGAGAAGGCUGACCUGGAGACCGAGCUGGGAGAGAUGCGGGCGCUGGUGGAGACGCACCUGAGCCGCAUCCGGAGCCUGGAGCAGCAGCUGCGGCAGCGUGAGGGCAGCACCUUCCCCCUGCCGGGCCAGGAGGUGCCUUUCCUCGCCCUGCACCCCAGCCCCGGCCUGACCCACGUGCUGGAGCGAGCGGGGGGCUGGCAGAGCCGGGGGCUGGAGGCUGAGCUGGAGGCAGCCAGGCAGGAGAGCCAGCGUGCCCAGCACCGUGAGGAGCACCUCAAGGCCGAGUGUGAGCGGCUGCAGGCGGAGCUGAAGCAUCUGCAGGACACACGGGAGCAGGACCAGUCGGAGAGGGACAUGGCCUGGGUGAAGAAGGUGGGCGACGACCAGGUGAACCUGGCGCUGGCCUACACGGAGCUGACGGAGGAGCUGUGCCGGCUGCGGAACCUCAGCUCCCUGCAGAGCCAGAUCCUCCGUGCCCUCCUGCAGGAGAAGAACCUCAACGGCGGCCAGCGCCAUUCCCCGCUGUCCCAGUGCCACUCCCCACUCUCCCAGUGCCACUCCCCGCUGUCCCAGUGCCACUCCCCGCUGUCCCACUGCCACUCCCCACUCUCCCAGUGCCACUCCCCACUCUCCCAGUGCCAUUCCCCAGCCCAGCAACGCCGCUCCCCCGCCCCGCAGUGCCCCUCGCCCGUCCCACCGGGCCGUUCUCCCGCACCCCAGUGCCAAUCCCCAGCUCUUCAGCGACGCUCGCCGGGACCCCCCAGCCAAUCUCCAGCCCAGCAACGUCGCUCUCCAGCCCCCGGCCCCUGCCAAUCCCCUGCCCAGCAGCGCCGGUCCCCGGUGCCUCCCUCCAGCCAGUCUCCCGCCCAGCAGCGCCGGUCCCCAGCCCCACCGCCUUGCCCGUCUCCGGCUUCGGCGUCACCCCACCGGCUGCCCGGGGAGAGGAUGGAGCUGGGAUACCCCAAACCUUCCAGCCGCCACGUCAAAGCUGGCUUCCAGGGUCGCCGCAGCUACUCGGAGGUGACCAACGUGGCCCUGUACCAGCAGAGCCGCUCGCUCUGGCUCCAGCCCGAAGCCUCGACGCUCCCCAAGCCCCGGCCCUACGUAGGCGAGGUGUACAUGGGGGGGCCGGGGGCUCCCCUGAGCUCCCACGAGCACUUCGAGGAGCACGUGCGCUUCGAGAAGCAAUCGUCGGAUGAAGAGGAGUGGGCUCUCCCCAGCCCCCCCAGCCCCGAGGCCGGGGCCAUCCGCUGCGCUUCCUUCUGUGCCGGUUUCCCCGACGCCGACGCCGUGCACCGAGCGGCCGCUGCCUACGCCCGGGCAGAGCACGCCCAGUCCUGGCCCUCCAUCAAUCUGCUGCUGGAGACGGUGGACUCGGAGGUGCGGAGCUGCCCGCUGUGCCAGCUCGCCUUCCCCAUCGGCUACCCGGACGAUGCCCUGGUGAAGCACAUCGACUCCCACCUGGAAAAUAGCAAGAUCUGAGCUCCCCCACACCCUCCCC